GGGCGCUCUCAGCUCAGUUUCCAGCCGGUUAUGGGAGGCUGCGUCUGGCUGGUGUACAAGCUACCGGGCAGCUGCGGUCCUAUUAGUCCUAUUUAUAUCCGUUAACGGUAUCAGAGCGGAGCACCACAGCACCGUGAGCACCACCUCACCACAUCCGAGCCGACAUGGACUUCUCUAUCCGUGCCGCCAACGUGGAGGACUGCAAGGACAUCGCGCGGAUGAUCAUGGAACUGGCUGAAUAUGAGAAAGUGGCAGACCAGGUGAAAGUCACGCAGAGAGUCUUGGAGCAGGACGGUUUCUCCAAGAACCCGUUCUUCCAUGGGAUCAUUGCUGAGGUGCCAGAACAGCACAAAACCAAAGACGGUCAUACGAAGAUAGGCUAUGCACUUUACUUCUAUUCCUACAGCUCUUGGUCGGGGAAAGCCAUUUAUAUGGAGGACUUGUACGUGAUGCCAGAUUUCAGAGGGAAAGGCAUUGGCAAAGCACUGAUGAGCAAGGUGGCGCAGCUGGGCCUGGCUGCCGGCUGCACCCAGCUCAAUUUCACUGUUCUGGACUGGAACAAAUCAUCUCUGGACUUUUACCACAGCCAGGGCUGCUUCAACAUCACCACUAAAAUGGGCUACCACUGUAUGCGCUGUGAGGGAGAGGCACUGGAGCACCUGGCCCAACCCUAACCAUCCAACUGGGCUCAUGACCUCCUGACCUUUGCAACCAUGAGGUCAACCCACACAGUCCAGGGACAGAGCACCACUCAGUGGCCCCGUUCCAAUACUUGACUGUUUGCUAAGCUCCGCCCCCCCUUAGUUACUGUUUCUACGUCAGCCAAGCUGCUAUGUUUCCAGCACAGCACACAUGCUGUGUACCAUGAUAACAGUGUCAGAUUUAACACCUGAAGUUUCAGGUCAUUUUUCAAACAAUGGGUCUAUUAUUUCACACAGAAGGAAACAAAAGCAGGAUUUCUAUUUCUAGCCAACAACUGCCAAUUUUGGUGGUUGAAAUUACAGCAAUGGCAGAUAUUAUCAGCUGUAUUUAAUUAACAUUAGAUGUUGAGAUACUCAAAAAAUUCAAGUAAUAUCACCCCACAGCUUUUUCCGUUCUCGUCCAUGGUUGCUCACCAACUUUUUUAUACACAGAGAAUCACUUUCACUAAAUAUUGGCAAACAACACUUCAGCAUGUGGAGAAAUCCAAAGCUUGACAGGACUGCUUCGCCCGGUAACGACUGCUAAGCUGUGAUUGGACAAUCAUUGUUUGGAGGAGGGGGUUUAGCAAACAGUUAAUUAGCUUAUUAUUUAAAUAGUCAAUGAGGUAGUUUUAAGUAUUGGAACGGGACCUUUGCAAUACAUAUAAGUACAUAACCAAGGCACUGAAAUCCAUGUUUUGUGUUUUCCCUUGUGAUAUGUCAUGGCCUUUGAUUUUGGUGUUAAAUGGAUCUGAUAAUUUACCUCUUGGCCUAAAAGGUGAAAAAAUGAUGAGACAGCAGAUGACAGGUGUAACAGGUGUGUGUGUGGAGGGGGUCAUAGUCGUAGGAUUUUUAGAGAAAGUCUUCAUCACUUAGAAGUGAAAUAAGUUUUUGCACAAAGAUCCAGAAAAAUCUUAUACAUCGUAAAAACAUUGGUGUGUGUUUCAAAAAAGCAACUUUUGGGUGUCCUAUCCCUUUAAAUCCAUGAUUAACUAUGACAACAGCAACCAAAGAGUCAGUCACCUCUCCCCUCGUCUUCCAGAUGAGGAGCACUGUAAAGCUGUUGUGAAGCACAAUGUUGGUAUUUGCACUGUUUUCUUCCUUUUUAAGCUAUGUACAUACAGAGGGUUCUGGUCAUGAAAUUGUGCACUUAAGGAAUCAGUUGGACUCAACCUAAAACCUUCUUCCGUGCUGCCAAACAGCAAACUCUUGGGGCUGGUUUCAGAGAAAUGGAUGAAGCUUAGAAUCGAACAAAAACGAUCCAUCUGGUGGAAUUUGAAAAAUAAAAGAAAAUCUUGGACUUGGACUCAGUUUUUGUCUUUGAACCUGUCCAGCUAAAAUGAAAGUGGCACAACUCUGGUCUGCACUUCUGUUUUAUAUCCAGUCUCAUUUUAAAUAAGAGGGCUUUUGUAUCAUUUCCAGCCAUUUAAUGAAAACAGUCUGAGUUGUGAUUUAUAUUUAGUUUGUUUUUCUCUCAAUCUAAACAAGCAAGAACCACUGACCCUCCUGUGCAGUUUGCAUUUCUUUUCAUACUUUGUUUACAGAAUAAUUCAGUAAAGAAUGUGCAAUUGUUUUUUGUUUUUUUCCAUCUCUGGGGCACUGUGUUGUAAAAUACAGUAUUUUCCUUCCGUGUGCAAAAUCUAAAGAAUUCAUCCAUGUGGAAAAGUACAUUUAAUGCGUCGUCAUCCACGCUAUUACAGAGUGCAUGACCCAAAAAUCAAUAUAGAGUCCAAGGGAACAUGAAAAGAUAUUUAUAUCCUCCCUUGUCUGCAACUUCCCAUCAGAAUGCCAGAUGCAGAGCUACAAAUUAUACAACUUGUAAUGCUGUUUCCAACAUGGAUUCCUCAGACUGUUUCAAAAUCAAAUCAAAGUUCAACCCUGAUUCCUGUCAAAUCCACUGAGGUUCUUUGCAAUAAAUCAAAACAACUUUGCCUGACAUGACAAGAAAAGACCUUCAAAUGUUUGAAAUGUUCAUUCAGGUUUCGGUGUGCGGCGUGUGUAGUAACACACAGUGUAACAGUCAGUAUGAGUAGACAAAACAACCAUGUUGAUGUAUUGGGUUCAUUUCCUCGACUUUGGUGCUAUUUAGUUGUCAGGAAGAGGCUACGUGUGUGUUUCCCAGUGGACCAUACGCUUUCAUAUGUUAGUGUGUUUUAAUGUGUUGAUGUGUCUUACGUGGUCUCUGAAAUGGUUAAAAAUGAAGAUGGUCACGGUUGGGUGAAAAACUGUGUGAAUCCAAAACUUUUCAGGAACCCAGUGCAUUUUUUUUUUUUUUAAGGCCUUCAUGGGAUCGAAUAAAUUCCCUCCACCCACAUAGGAGCACGACAUCCCUCCAUUGAAGUUAAAGCAGGAAAAAAAUGGAUUCAUUGGGUUUUCACAUGACAUCAGUGAAAUGUUUGAUGCCAUUAUUUCACCCAAGUGGCCACAAAAAGUAGCUUUUAGAGUUUUAAGUGUCAUUUGCGCUGCCAGAAAUCUUGACGCUUAAGAAAAUACCAAAAGCCAUAUUACGUCUAGCCUAGAACCUGCAUGAAAUUCAAAAGUUGGUUUCAUAAAAGUAUUUUAGGCUUCCUGUUGUCGCCUGUUCAAUCUUGAAAACCAAGAGUGUGUUUUAAUGUUUACUUGAGUGCUCUGUUCAGUAGGUGACACUGAUCAGAGGAAUAAAACCUGUCAGAAUGCAGUCAAAUAAAGUGAUGUGUUGUGUGAAUA